CCUGCGCAGGCUUCUUCAGGCCGGCUCAACCUCACGGAGCACGCGUGCCCCAAGAGCGCUCUGAUUGGACGGUGUGAGCGGCCCGCCGCACUCUGAUUGGCGGAGCCGACCACGCUCUGGGUCUGUCCGCUUCUGCGCCCCAACUCUCCCGGCCUGGCAGUGGCGCAGCCGCGGGGUCUUGGCUCAGUCCGCGACCCAGCGGGGCCAGCUGGGCUGCUUCUGCUCCCUCCAGGAUUAAUAGUCCGCUUGGUUCCGCCCGUACCCCACUCCGAGGCCUCGGCCAUGUUCUUCAGGGCCCAGGUGAGGCGAGCUCUGCAGCGGGUGCCCGGGAAGCAGCGAUUCGGCAUCUACAGGUUCCUGCCCUUCUUUUUUGUCCUGGGAGGAACAAUGGAGUGGAUCAUGAUUAAAGUGCGCGUGGGCCAGGAGACCUUCUGUUUUCUUCCUGAGAUGUUCAGGAUGCAAACAACUAAUCAUUUGUCAUUGGAUUUGGCAAGCAUUCCUUCAAAACAGAGGUUCACAGCUUUUGGUGGAAGAUCAAGCACUAAAACACUUUCCCCUUGGGCUACUCUACUGUAUUAUCUAUCAACGUAAAAUCCCCUAUUUCCAGGGUUCCAGACAUAAAGCAGUCUUUUCAUUUCAGUGAAUACUAAGUAAACCUUUCAGUUCACUACACCAGCUUACAGGAGUCCCCCGACUGCUCUACUCUUGGACUCUAUAAUCCACU